AUGACUAGAUACGGGGGUAUGGGGAGGACGCGCCCGAAAAAGCUCACCUCGAAGGCCUCAAUCCCCAUUGUCCGGGAACAUGAGAUCGAUGUCAUCGAUGAUGAGGUCCAUAAUGCCCUACAACAGGUGGAAACUGGUGUUGAGAAGGCUGAGGAGUCGGAAUUCCAUCUUCAAGCCGCUAUCAGCGCGACUGCCCAAGGAAAAGUGAACGAAGCUCACAUUCCCACCCCAGAGACCGUCCUCAGUAAUCUUCGAUAUGAUGAGCUCUAUCCUCCCAUCUUCUCGCAGCCGGCGACAUACAUCCGCUUCUCCUCGACUGUCGAGGACUGUUGCGGAUGCCCGUAUAACAUGACCGAGGAGGAUGACGUCUUCCUCAAGAUCUUGAAUGAGAAGCGGGAGCCGUCGAACCGGAUCACAGAGGAUCAAUUCGAAGAGGUGAUGUACUUCUUCGAGGAGACGGCACAGACAAAGCAACCAUUUGCAGCUGUAGAUAGCCCUCCUGUCCUGAGCUUCGCAGACAUGCAAGACUCAACGGAUGCAACUGUAGAGGAGAGCGUCAAGCGUUUUGCAAAGGACAUAUAUGAGCACUGGAAGUUGCGACGGAUCGCCACUGGGAACCGCCCACUCCUACCGAGUCUCAAGUUCGAAACUGGUCAAGAAACCGAUGAUACAGACCCGUAUGUCUGCUUUCGUAGGCGUGAAGUCCGUCAGAUUCGGAAGACCCGCGGCAGAGAUGCCCAAAGUGCGGAUAAACUGCGCAGGCUUAGAAAGGAGCUGGAAGAUGCUCGACAGUUGGUUGCACUGGUGCGCCAGCGGGAGUUGGCAAGAAAAGAGAUGCUCUCAAUGGAACGGCAGAUAUUCCUGCAGCGUUCCGAGGUGAAGGAAAUGAAGAGGAAACUCAACAUCAAAGACGAUGACGAGGACCUUAUCAACCAGAAGCCAAAGAAGAAGCCUGCGGAGGCACCAGCUGCACAACGGCCUACCGCUCCUCAGGUCCGGAUGCCACAGAAGCCCGGUACUCAGGCUGCGGACGACCUGCAGCUGCUCGAAGACGUCCAGGCGGAGAAAGAAAACGAGAUUCUGCGGGAUAUCAAGCAGAACAUUGCGAAGCAUAUCAAGUGGAACGAGGGCUAUGUGGAUUUCACAAGAGCGCCUCUCUCGCCACCUCCGGAGAAAACCUUCCAGGCAGCAUUCCGUCCGGCAAUCACCACCCAAUUGCCAACUCCUCCUUCUUCAGAUUCGUCCGACAAUAUGAUGUUGGACUCUGCCUUAGAUACCGCCAAUUCCCUCUCCUUCCGAGAUAAGCUAGUUCCUCGUACAUGGGAGAUGAAUGAGGACACCAGCAGAAUACCGUCGUUCAGGAGGCGCAUUGGGCGCGGCGGUCGUUUGAUGAUCGAUCGUCGGAACCUGGUGUCGCGGUGUAGAAUCGAACUGGAUCCGCUGAAGGCUGAUCGAUUCAAGUAUGAUCGGGAGGAUUCGGACGAUGAGUCAGAAUUCGAAUGUGAUCCGUACGAUGUCCAGAUCAUGCAACAUCGUGCCAUAAUGGCUGCUAAAGCACGAGAUCAAGCUGCUGCUGCCGCCCAAGCACAUGCGCAGGCUCAAGCAGCUCAAGCGCAAGCACAGGCUCAAGCGCAGAAACGGUUGCAGGCCGAACAAACCACAACCAACAAUGGGCCGCCGAACAUGGGGCAGACAAUGGGAUCGAACCCCGGGCCUGGUGCCGUCGCCUCCACUUCGUGA